AUGAACUCCUCCGAGAUCACGACGGCGACCCCCGCCCCGGACGCUGCCCUCCAGCGCACGCAGUCCUCCCGCUCCUCCGGCGCGGACUCCAUCCGCAAGGAGCCCGUCACCGCCGCCGCCGACCCGACCGACGUCGAGAAGGCGGCCCCGCCCGCCCCGGUCGACGAGGACGUCUCGGGCCUCACCAAGCUCACGCGCAAGUACCGCGCCGUCGUCCUCGCCGCGCUCGCCGCGCUCAUCCUCGGCUGGUGGAUCUCGGCCACCGUGCUCCAGGCGACGCGCCAUCGGUGGAUCGUGCAGUCCUUCUGGGCGUGGUUCUUCCUCAUCGUGAUUGCCUUCCGGUUCAUCCCCACCUCGAUUGUGACGAAGCCAGUCGAGGCCGUCUGGGUCCCCGCAGUCCAGACCCCGUUCUUCAAACUGCCGUACAUGGUCCGCCUCGGCAUGGGCUGGCUCGCGCUGCUCGGCAUCAUCUUUGGCUCCGCCUUCGGCUUCCCCCUCACCGGUAACACUGGCUACGGUGACCGUGCGAUCUCCGUCCUCGGUCUCUUCGUCUACCAGUUCGGCUUCUGGGCGACCUCGAAGCACCGCUCCCACAUUCCCUGGCCCACUGUCAUCGUCGGCCUCUUCGCGCAGCAGGCGAUCGCGAUGUUCGUCCUCAAGUCCGGCGCGGGCUUCUCGAUAUUCAAAUGGAUCGCCUUCCUUGCCUCCGACUUCCUUGAUCAGGCACUCCAGGGCGCUGCGUUCUUCUUCGACCAGGAGACAGUGGGCAAGCACUGGUUCUUCGUCAACACGCUGUCGUCCAUCAUCUUCUUCAUCGCCUUCGUCCAGAUGUUCUACUACCUCGGCGUCAUGCAGUGGCUCAUCAAGGGCUUCGCUUGGUUCUUCUUCAAGAUCAUGAACGUCUCUGGCGCGGAGGCCGUCGUCGCCGCCGCGUCCCCCUUCAUCGGCCAGGGCGAGUCUGCCUGUCUCGUCAAGCCCUACGUCGACUACAUGACCGAGUCCGAGCUCCAUCUCACCAUGACCUCCGGCUUCUCCACCAUCGCCGGCUCCGUCCUCGCCGCCUACAUCGGCUUGGGCGUCCCCCCGCAGAACCUCGUUACCGCCUCCGUCAUGUCCAUCCCGGCCUCGAUCUCGAUCUCGAAGCUCCGCUGCCCCGAGAUGGACGAGCCCGUCACCCGCGGGAGGGUCACCGUCGACCGUGGGGUCGAGAAGGACGCGCCUGCGAACGCCCUCCACGCCUUCUCCAAGGGCGCCCUCUUCGGGCUGAUCGUCGCCGGCCAGAUCCUCACCAACGUCCUCACCGUCGUCUCCCUCGUCGCGACCAUCAACGGCCUCCUCACCUACAUCGGCAAGGGCUUCGGCAUCCACGCCCUCACCCUCCAGCUCAUCCUCCGCUACGUCUUCUACCCCGUCACCUUCUUCAUGGGCGUGCCCCGCGCCGAGAUCCUCCGCGUCGCGGAGCUGCUCGCGACCAAGCUCGUCGCGAACGAGUUCGUCGCCUACACCGCCCUCAAGGAGAUCUCCGCGUCCGACAGCCCGCUCUCGCCGCGCGCGUACACGAUCGCGUCCUACGCCCUCUGCGGCUUCGCCAACCUCGGCUCGCUCGGCAUCCAGAUCGGCGUCCUCUCCGCCCUCGCGCCCUCCCGCGCGAAGAUCAUCGCCCGCAUCGCCGGCUCCGCCAUGAUCUGCGGCUUCAUCUCCACCCUCCAGGCCGCCGGCAUCGCGGGCAUGCUCGUCUGA